UCAAUAAAAAUAUAUUUGUAUACUAUAUGUAUAUAUACCAUACCAUAUAAACUUCCAAGAUUUGCUUGGAGAAAAAAUAGAGUCUGUUUUCUAGUGCACAAUUAUAUAUGGCUGCUGAAGAAGUACUGCUCCUUAAGCUCUUUGAUACUUAUUGGUUUGAACAAGGAAUAUUAUUUACCAACACACAUAAAUUCUCAUAUGAUAUACAAGACAAGAAAGCAUUUCAAGAAAACCCUCAUGAAAUUCAAGGAUCAUCAAAGUUCUUUGGAAGAUCACAAAGUGAUUACCUAUGUGGUUCGGACUCUUUAAAAAUAUUGCCAGAUGCAUGUGAAACCCUUCAAAAGCAGCACAGUUUUGGAGGAUCAGAUACGAGUUUUAGUCAACUUGGGAAUUCUCCAACUUCUGUGAUUAUCACACAUAACAGAGUUGCAGUAAAGGCUAAAAAGGGAGUUAAGGGAAUUAUUCGAAUUCGGAGAAGCUCAUCAGAGCUUGAACUUGAGGAAUUAAAGGGGUUUAUGGAUUUGGGAUUUGAGUUUAGUGAAGAAGAUAAAAAUUCAAGCUUGGUAACAAUUGUUCCUGGAUUGCAGAAAUGGGGGAACAGGGCAGUUGUUGAUGAAAAGAGGGAUAAUAUUGUUCAUAAAAGGCCUUAUCUUUCUGAAUCAUGGGAAAUUCUUGAAAAGAGAAAGAUGAGUAGGAAAUUGUUGAAAUGGAGAUUUCCAUCUAUGAACGAUGAUAUGAACAUGAAAGAUAAUCUUAGAUUUUGGGCUCAAACUGUUGCAUCAACUUUCAGAUGAAAAAUACAAACAAUAUUUGUGCUUCUUUCUUUCUAUUUGUUUGUAGUUUGCUUCACAUUUUGUGGUCUAAUUUGGCUUGUUGCAACUGUAAAUAUAGCUUGAUUCUUUCAUCCAAUUUUCUUCUCCAAAGAUUCUAUAGACUACUCAUGACUUGUAUAAUUG